GGAGAAUAUUCAGCCACAAUUUUACGGGGAGGUACUGAGUCGAAUAAAAUCUAUUGAACAAAUCUGCAGGCAUGGCACGAUACCACGCGCCGAGCUAGAGGCAAAUGCAGUGGAAAGUAUCGUAACCGUACGAAGAGUCCGAGUCGUUCUGUUCCCUGCUUCCUCGGCAAGGUAUCUCAAUUACCUUCCCAUCACGGUGUACAGCUCUCUCUGCGCCAUGAGCUCGUCAAUAGCGAAUAAUGGAAAAUACAAUAAACUCUUAUGGCAUGAGUCUAGCCUAGGGAUAAGAAGCGCCACAUAGUGCACGGUACAGGACGCGGAAAGAUAUGUCUAUAUAGAUCCUUUCGGCUGCCAGGGCGGAUCGUCCUGGAGUAGCUCCAAACAAUUGUGGUUUUUAUUGAAACGUGUUGCUCAACAUGAUUAUUACUUCUGCCCUUGUUUACUUCCUGGCAUUCAGUCAGGGGCUGGCUACUCCUUUAGCUAACCCCCAGGAGGCUGACCUAGCAGGUCGUCCAUCAAAACCUAAAUGCUCCAAACCAGCGAAGAGACUGCCAUGGCAAGCCCUGAGCAGGAAGGAGAAGAAAGCCUAUAUCGAUGCGGAGCUCUGCUUGAUGAGAAAGCCCUCCAAGCUCAAUUUGCCUGGAGCCAUAACCCGGUUUGAUGAUCUGAUCAAGCCGCAUCAGAUCAUGGCCCGAGAGACGCAUCAAACCGGCUACUUCUUGCCUUUCCAUCGUUAUUUGAUGCACACUCACGAGACCGUGCUGCGAACUGAGUGUGGUUACAAAGGCCAUCAACCCUACUGGGCAGAAGAACUAGACAUCGACAACAUUCAGAACUCUGAUGUGUUGGAUUCCGUAACAGGCUUCGGCGGCGGCGUAUUAGAUACACUGGCAUGCGUCCCGAAUGGCCCGUUCAAGAACUACAAGUUGCACACAGGCCCAGGACAAAAGAACACGGAAAACUGCAUCGAGCGUCGUUUGUCCAACAUUGCAACCUUGACUGCCCGCCAGGAAUACAUUGACUACUGCUACCAAUUCAACACAUUUGAAGAUGCGUGGCCAUGCUUAGAGGAUGGUGGCCCUCAUAACGCCUGGCAUGCUGGUGUCGGCGGGGUCAUGCUGGACCCUAUUUCCUCGCCUGGAGACCCACUCUUCUAUUUGCACCAUACCUGGCUGGAUAAAGUCUGGUGGGACUGGCAGAAACAAAAGCCAGAGCGCCUGCGCGACAUUACAGGCCGUAAAGUCAGCAUCAACCCAUUUUUCGACCUUCUUUCAAACCUUCCCGGCAACUCGACCAUCACGGAUUUCUUUAUGGGCAAUAUCCCAGGCUUGCCAUCCAUUCCAGGUGGAGGACCGUUCAGUGAAAACAACAGGGGGCCGCCGACCUUCCAGCCCAGGAAUGAGACGAUCGCGGACCCUGUCAAACUUACUGACACACUCACUGUUUUUGGCCUUAUCCCCAAUACCACAGUGUCCCAGGUUAUGAAUAUCAAGGACGGAAUUCUCUGCUAUGAAUAUGUUGAUUACGAGGAUGCAAUCUAGGGUCCAGAUUAUGGGCAUCAGUGUUGCUUGCUUCAUGAUCUGAAAAUGGCGCACCGGCUAUUGUUAUACAAGUGUUUGUCAAAUAAUCGCUGCUAAAUUCGCAAUUAUGAGUGUAGCUUUCAGAGGGGAAGUUGUUAACUUAUGAUUGAUUGAUCGAGUUGAGUUGACAGAGGCAUCCACUGGACUACAUAUCUCAUUUCGUCUUGCCGCCCAAUAUGGUGUGCCGCAGCAGUCCUGUACCUGAACGCCCAGCGGACUUGGCAUUCAUGUAUUGGCGUGUCUCAGCAAGGAAAGGAAACAAGGCUUUAUUACCGAAACCCAACUACCUGUCGAGAAUGCUACAAGGGAGGAACUAAAUAAGAAAAAUGCCAAAUGUCAAAAACCGCAGUG